AUGCGAGCGAAGAAAUUUGACAAGACGCGACCUGUGGCGAAUUGGAAAGAAAGAGAGACACCUUUCCAAUACCUUUUUUCAGAGUUUCGCUUCGCCCUGACCUUUUCUGAUGGUUUGAUAACUCAUCUAUUGUCUCAAGAAGCCAGCACGGGAGAGAACGAGCUCAACAUGCAACGUGCUUCGAAAGCCGAUCUGCUCCAAUCUCAUGGACGAAGAGUGAAGUUGGAGGCCGUCAUCCAGCAUUUCCCAGUCGCUCAACCUUGCUUGACCGGUGCUUUGGUUUGGUCUGGUCUCCUGGACAGGCUCGCUGACUGGUCAGAGAUAGUCCGGUCGAACGUUCUAAGACUUGCGAAGCCUACUGUCGUAUCGCCGUUCCAGUGCUGCUGCCUGGACUCCCAAUGUCCUAGCUCUGCGUAG